CAAUUACCAUGUUACCGACUCUACCAGGAAUUCGAGAAUUGUUAAAAGUUAUGAGAAGCGAUGUCUUUUUUUAUAACAUGCAUUCAGAUAUUUUGACACAAAGCGGGAUCCAGUAUGACCAUGAAAAUGAUUUGGUUAACCCUGGCACGUGUGAAACUGCUAUCUCUACGUCGGACGGCUGCCGUGAUUCACCUCAAGAUUCACCACCAAAGCCUACCUAUACCAUGUUAACCUCAAAAACCAAGUUGGAUUCAACGAAACUAGUUCCUCGCCAAGUUCCUAACACCGACACACACCGUGGUUCAAGUUUAUCCACUAUACCCGAGGUUCCAAAGACCAUACCAAGACCUGCCAACAACGUAUUACAGAAUACUAAUACCGUCGCACCUGCGAUACCUAACAUUCAUCAAACUCUGAACACCGAGCCGAACGUGUUCCCCAAGUUGACCAUAAACCCAAAAUCGUGUAAUCUUGACGCUGGUGCUAAAUUUCAGAAUAUAUUACCCAAGCCAGUGUACACAGUUAUAAUUUCAAAUACAGCAAGACCUGAAUCAAACACCGCAUUUCCCACGUUAUAUCAGCUCUUGAAACCAAACAUUUCAGUCGCGUGCAGUUCUAUGACGUCGGUAAACCAAACACCGAAAUCUCUCUACGUAGUUCCAGUGUUGAACCAGAAUGUUAGUCCAGCGACAACCAAACUACAACCCACCAGUUAUAUUCAGUUAUAUCCAGUCUUGAAUUCGAACAAUGCUUCAGCUGCAACGAAAAUAUCAUCGUCUCUCCCAGUCUUCGCAGUUUCAACACCAAGCACUAAAGUUUCGAAGAGAAAUUGUGUGAUCGAAGGGCAAGACUGCCCAUCUCAACCAGAACUGAAAUCUACUCAUCCAAUCUCGACAUUGAAAAGUUCCUCAGGUGAUACUAUAAUCCAACCGAGCUCAUCUCAAAGUGUUUCUAGCCCGAAAUCCGCAGGAAUCAGUUCCUCUUCCAAGCCAGAGAAGACUCGCAUCACUCGUAAGCCAAGGUCAAAACAAGUGAAUAUCUCCAUUCCUCAAACGGGGCAGUGUGAUGGCAAUUUGAGCGAUGUGAAAGUGGAAUUGAGCAGAGAAGAACUAUGGAAAUUGUUUCAUGAAGAAGGAAAUGAAAUGAUCGUUUCAAAACAAGGAAGACCAUUGUUUCCAACGCUGGACAUGAAAGUUUCAGGCUUCUGUCCAGACAAGAUGUACAGUGUUGCAGUGAAGUUCGUGUGUGUUGACAAGUAUCGCUACUAUUUCGACACGUCACGCGAGAGCUGGGAUCAAACUAGGCAGAUACAAACCGCAGAUCAUUCGAAGUGUUUUGAACACUCAGAGUCACCUGCGAGCGGAAAGGUUUGGAAUAAAAAACAGUUGGAAUUCGGUGAACUUCGACUCAUUAAUCGUUCAACCAACGUUAAAAAUAUGGUGUUUGCGCCAACCAUGAGAAAGCAUUGUGCCCAGGUGGUAGUUACCAUGCUCCAGUGUUCGCGCUGCCAUGCAAAACAUACACGUCAUAUCAACAUUCCUCUGACCGAGUUUAUCGCUGUUUCAAGUUACUACAGUUUAAAAAUCUCUCAACUAAAGAUAGCCCACAAUCCAAUGGCUAAGAUGAGGGCAGUGACUUAUCCACGCAAGAGAAAGAAUCGUCAGCGAAAGAGUGCUGAGAAUAUCCCGACAAACCAAACAAAAAAGCAAAAGAUUGAUGCAGAUCCUGCGAGUUCAUUCGACAAAAUUACACAGAUCACUUUAUCAGAAUCAAUCCGACUGACCAUUCCUAACAACAAAACCUCAUCUACCACCCCAAGUACCCAAGUAUCCACUGUUUCCGAUUUAGCCACGUCAAGUGUCCUACCGAGUGCAUCGAGUUCCCAGCCUUCCGCUAUAUUAACACCCUAUGUGUUCCAUUCUACAACCCCGAGUACCUCAACUUCCCAGUUGCCCAUCAUGUCGGGUCUAGCCAAUGUAUGUACGCCGACCAUCAAGCGAACAACAGUGAUAUCUUCAACGAUUAAACUUCCAGAAAACCAAGAUAGCCUUUCUCAAACGAUGGCUCGCUCGGAAUAUUCUAAUGUUUUGACAUGUCCGACCACGAAACCAAAAGCACAUAUUCAAAGUGACGAGGACAUUCUUGGAUAUAUAGAGACCUAUCUCUCGCCAUUCCAGACAUCGGAGAAAGACGAAGCAUUCGAUUCGUCCAUUUUUGAUGAACUAACCAAAAUCAACUGUAUUUCAGACAAACUAAAUAGUUUUGAUGACCUCGACUUUGUGCUGACAAAUGUUGCUGAAUGUUAAAGUAUAUGCGCGUGAUAGCUCGUUAUUCGCGUGGUUUAUGAUUAAAAGAGACAAUUGUAAUAUUUUUUCUUUCAUUAUAGAAGUAUUAAAUUUUGUUAUACCAAUUAUCAAUCACUCAAAGUGACUUGUAUUCUUUUUGUUGUUAGAGAUUAUGGUAUCAUUUUGGAUUUGGUUAAAACAUUUUAUCGCGUUUUCCAUUACAAAAAAUGAAUGCAGAAUUCUGCGUCUUGUG